UAGAUUCUGAUACGAAGGAUGACGACAUAAAAUAAUAGAAAAAAAUUGCGAGUGGCACGAAACAUCAAAAUUUAAUAGAGUAAAAAAAAUAUCGAAAGUUGUAAUCUCGCGGUGUAAAAUUUUUUAUUGAAUUGUUGAGAAAUUACAGCAAAAGUUACAAGAGGUUAUUGGAACGGCCAGUUGAACCAUAAACAACUAAUUAGUAUUUAGGCUGAGGUAAUCUGGCGAGUUUCCUUGCAUUGUGAUAAACAAUAAUUAAGAUCAGCUGGUGAAGAAUACUGAUAACACCCAAAGAUGGUGAAACUUUUUGCUCUGAGUAUCUUUUACAAGGGUUCAGCGGAGGCGCGCCUAUUGAAAUCUGCUUACGACUUGCAGUCGUUUUCUUUCUUUCAACGCGGCACAGUUCAAGAAUUUAUGACUUUUGCGUCAAAAACUAUUGUCGAGCGUACACAACCCGCCAUGCGACAGUCAGUCAAGCAGGAGGCUUAUAUGUGUCAUGUGUACGUGCGUGCUGAUAAUUUAGCUGGGGUGCUGAUUGCUGAUCAUGAGUACCCGCAGCGGGUUGCACAUACACUCAUCACAAAGAUAUUAGACGAAUUUAGUGCGAAAAUCGGUCCGGAACGUUGGGAAUCAGGAGCUGAGACAACCAUAGAUUUUAGCGUACUACCCGCCUAUUUAGCUAAAUAUCAGGAUCCUAAAGAGGCAGAUGCGUUAACUAAAAUGCAAAAUGAUUUGGACGAAACAAAGAUUAUACUAAAGAAUACAAUCGAAGCGGUGCUCGAGCGUGGUGAAAAAUUGGAUGAUAUGGUAAUCAAGUCGGAAAAUCUUUCAAUACAAAGUAAAGCUUUUUAUAAGACAGCCAAAAAGACAAAUUCAUGUUGCAAUUUUAGUUAAGUGCGUUAGGUUAAACGAAAUACAAAUGACCAAGAAUUUGACGGGGAAAAAACUAAAUAAUUUUAUAUAUUGUUUUAAAAUGUGUGCUUUGCUAUGGCUUUUAAAUAAAUUUUUAGUUUAAUGCUAAAU